GCCAGAAGCUGGCAUUCGAACACAGUUGAAAAAACUUUUCUUACAUUACGGAGCCUACUACAAAUUACCUAAAAUGCAGUAUUCCGUUGUCGUUGUGAUUGCUGCUCUGUUUAGCGUGUCUGCAGCUCAAGUGUGGCUACUCCCCUCAGGGAAAGACAAGGAUUUAUAUAGCAAUGUCUGGGGCAGGGCGCUCCAAAACAGCAACGGUGGUGUUACGUGGAAUAAACCAGUGGGUCACGGCAAUGUCUUCGGCACUUUGGGAACCAAUAACCAAGGACUAUUUGGGAAGGCCGGAUACCAAGGGACGAUAUUCAACGACGCGCGGGGCAAGUUGGACGGCCAGGCCUACGGCACCCGGGUACUGAGCCCAGCCGGGGACACUAGCCAUUUCGGAGGCAAACUCAACUGGGCCAAUGAGAACGCUAAAGCCUCUGUGGACAUCAGCAAGCAGAUUCAUGGGAAAACCACGGUGGAUGCUAGCGGCGCGGGAGUUUGGAACGUGGAUAAGAACACGCAGUUGUCAGCCGGAGGUUCCUUGUACCACGGCGGCAGCGGCAAGCCUGAUGUCACUGUCAACGCGCAGAUAGAACACAAGUUUUAAAACCGUACCAAGUAAACUACGAAGCUGUGUCGCAUACCGAAGACGACAAGCCGAAAUAUUUAAUUGGAGUUGUCAGUCGAAGGUUUCUUGUAUCACGGCGGCAGCAGCAAGAAUGAUUUCACUGUCAAAGCGAAAGGUAGUCUGGCUCUGUCGCGCCAAUAUGCAAGAGCGAUAGAGAUAGAUAUCUACGAGCGUUUCGUUUCGUGAGCGUUUCGUGAGCGUUUGUGCCAUUCGGCUACGCACCCUGACAAGAUACUCAAUGUGUCGAUGAGGCGAAAUUACUGCCAUAAAGUUAUGUAUACCUACAGAAAUAUGCCUUAAACGUUAUUUUUUAGACAAGUUGUAAUGUAUCCUUUAUAUUUGAAUCCUAAGGCCGUUUUCACAUUAUCCGAUCCGAUAUCGGAUGUCGGAAGGAUUUCAGUGGAAAAAAUCGAAGAUGGCGCCUGUAAUGUAGGUAUGGAUAAUAUGAAAUCCGGAUCGGAUAAUGUGAAAACGCACUAAGUCACUUGCAAAGACUGUUCCCACCUAAUAGACUAAAAAUAAACUUUAUUUUUAAAACAAAA